AUGGCUACUCUCGAUUCCCUACCCAGCGAGAUCCUCUUCCAAAUCUUUCGCGAUAGUUCUCCGCAAGAGCUUUGUUGCCUCAGUUUCACUUGCAAGAGACUAGGAUCCAUAGCUAGCUCUUGCCUUUGGUCAGAUAUCGAACUUCACGAAAAAGGAUAUCAUGAGUCGAGCGCUGAGAUCAUCCAUCCACCACCUUACAGGACAGCGACACGUCCUUAUAAUACCUCAGUUAGACAUGUCUGGCGCAGCGAUAUUUGCAGAAGAGCAAAGACGCUAUUCACGAUGCUGCAUGGUCUACGCACGAGUGACGAAGCGCGGCUCAAGCAACUUGCUGGUAGAGUGAGAAGUCUAUGUACGGUGAUUGAACCAAGUUGGCAAUCUGAGAUGGAUAGGGUCGCGGAUCCAAUAUGGAACAUUUUACCCUACUUCACUAGACUUGAGGCACUUGAGUUACACGGCAGCUCCGAUACCUUGCACAAUGGCGACUUCGGCUUUCUAUUGUGUGAUGCGCCACCUCUAGCCAAUCUUAAACACGCAACACUUUUCGCGUACAUACCACGAGAUUUUGCAGCAUAUGUACUAAGGUCCCAUGCUAGCCUGGAGCACCUGGAGCUCGGAAUGCUAGACGACCCAAAGCCCGGCGACGUCGGUAUAGACUCGGUUGACAACCUCAACUUUGUCAGACAGGAGACUUAUAGAGGUGGAGUUAUUCCUCGUCCAUUAGGUGACUUUUUCCCCGAUUUCUCUUCAUCAUUUCGGAAGCUGAAGUACGUGCACCUUUGUCAACCCUGCAAUAGCCGGGGAGAUUACUUCAACCAGAUGAACGGCUGGUCAACAUGCGCGGACAAGGCUACCCUUGAAUCCUGGAGGAACAUCCUGGUAGCUUCAUCCCAAACACUUGAGACCUUGAUACUAGACCAAAGGCCUGGGGCUGGUGUGGAAGAUAACGAAGGGUUCUCGGAGGAAGAGUUCCUCAACACCGGUUCAUCCGGCACUGGCAACAAAGCGCUUAUUGAGUCACUCGGAAGUAUGCUCACCAGUGAAUCAGAGCUUCCUAGGUUGAGCCAAGUAUAUCUGUACGGGCUCAUAGUCAGAUCUCCUCUUCGUAGGAGACCAUCUGAGGAAACUCCUGGGGAUAUCCUGUUGCAUGACCUUCAGAAAAGAGGUGUUAGAUGCGAGGCCAGGCGGGGGAAAUGGUGCCUGUUUGAUCAAGAGUCAGGGACGACAUCAUGGGCGAAAUGGGACGGAGAUGGAUGCACCAAUCUUCACGACGAGUAUAUGGGAGUUAAAUGGUAUACUGUUAUGGCCAAAGUCUGA